AUGCUAUCUAUCAACUCCCUUCUGAAUCCUCAGCCCGAAAGGCGAAUUCCUUACCCGCCUUUCCCUGUCCAAGAGAAGCGAAAGAUGGCCAAGGACGCCCCAAUUUUCCGCCGUGGCAAGAUCCAGGGCGAGUGCCGCUAUCCUCCUUGCGAGGAAAGAGAUGCAGAUCUGGAGAAGGCUCACAGAGAGCUCUCGUUACGUCCCAUGGGCAACAUUGCCGACUAUCCUCGUCAUAUCCCUUAUGCCAGCGACAAGAAAACCUUCCAAGAGAAGACCGGCCGAGAUAGCUUCCAUGUAUUUCAAUAUACUUUCCAAAUACCCGGCGAAGACAAGGAAUGGCAUGUUAUGUGGGACUACAACAUCGCCAAGAUGCUGAACCAGAACCCCGGCCUGCGCGAUAUCUGUCACAGCAUCACCGGUGGAGCACUUUCUGCUCAAGGAUACUGGAUGCCCUACGAAGCCGCCAAAGCCAUGGCAGCAACCUUCUGCUGGAGAAUCCGAUACGCCCUGACUCCACUGUUUGGCACAGACUUCCCAGCCAUGUGUAUCCCCCCAACGGACCGCAAGACCCACGGCCGCAUGGUCAUCCCUCCAGAGAUCGUACAGCGUGCCACCCACACCUCCAACUACUAUCGCUCUUUGGAGACGAAGUCUAGCUCUAGCACCGGAGGCAGCCCUCCCGCAAUCAGUACCCCUUCCUCAACCCAUACCCUUCUCCAUGGUAUAGGAGCAUUAAGCCGACAAGACUCGUCCUUGAAACUGCCUCCACUCAAGAUUCCGCGCACCCAUUACGCUGAGAGUGAUCCCAGCGCCCGGGACUCCUCCAUGGAGCCUUACUGCAUGUCGCCCAAGAGCCAGUCGUCUAUGUCUGCCUUUACGCCCAUCAACCCCCCGCGCAGCUCCAAUGUGAUACCUCGCUCGCGGUUCGAAUCGCCUCGGACGAUUCUUCGUGCCAUCUCAGAUGCUAUGCGCCCGGAGAAUGUCCCUGGGGUCAGCGAAGACAGUGACACCGACAGCGAUGGCUCGUCCAACGUGUAUUCUACCCCAAACUGUCCUUCUAUGGACGGGCAUAUGGAAACCGACAAGCUCGGUGGCCUCGACCAGCCCACCAACACCGCUUCGGAUGUCGCUACCAUGCAAAGCGACUAUGAUGAAACCGAUUCGGAUGAUGAUUGGCAAAUGGACGAUGCUGAUGAUGAAGACUACCGUGGACCCCCUCUGAAGAGGACCCCUAGGGGAGCUUCUUUUACGAAGGACGGUCCUAUCAGCCCCGAAUCCCAGACUAAGAAGUACCCCAGCCGAAAGUCCCGAGCUCUGCGUCUUCAGCCGUCGGCUCACUUCAACCGUGAAGUAAAGGCUGCUGAAGCUCUCCUUCGUCUGCACAUGAAUGAGCUUGAAAGCAUCGGAACCGAGACUGACAUGGAUGAUGACGAGUUGACCCCUCUUUCCGGCACUCGCUCUCUCGAUGGGGACGAAUUUCGGAGUCGUAAGCGACGUCGAGCUUCGCUUUGA